AUGGCGGAACCUUCCAUGACAUCCAAGUGCUUGGCGGAGUUCAUCGGUACUGCUCUAUUGAUUUUCACUGUCGAGUGCAACGUUUUGGUGGGUUCUCCCCUUUUCGCUGGGCUGUCCAUUGGCACCGUGCUUUUUGUUGCCAUCCAGGCCCUUGGAGGCAUCAGCGGUGGAAACUUCAACCCGGCAGUGUCUGUGUCCUUGGGCUGUGUGAGCGCCUUUGGUGGCCCUGGAAUGCCCUGGAAACAGGUGGGAAUCUACUGUUUGACCCAGAUUGUGGGUGGUACUGUGGCUGCCCUGACGGCCUCCCUCAUGUUCGGCAAGUCUGCCAGCUUGGAGGUGACUUCCGGCUACACUAUGCUCUCAGCUGGCAUGUGUGAGCUCUUCUACACCUUCAUGCUUUGCUUCGUGGUGCUCAACGUAGCUGCAGCCAAGAAGAACCAAGAGGAGAAGGGCCAGUACUUUGCGUUGGCCAUUGGCUUUUGUGUGGUGGCAGGUGCUUAUGGUGCUGGUGUGAUCUCUGGUGGUGCCUUCAAUCCAGCUGUUGCCUUCUCUUUGGAUGUCACCAGUCUGAGUCAUGGCUUUGGGCGCUGCUUCUUCUAUGCAAUUUUUGAGUUCUUGGGUGCAGUCUUGGCUGCCUUUCUCUUCAGCAAGGUGCGACCUGGAGACUUCGGUUCUGAGCCAAGCCCUGCAAAGCUCCGGGAGUCGCUGCUCAGCGAGUUCUUGGGCGUUUUUGUUCUGGUCCUGACGGUGAGCACAAACAUCUUGGGAGGUUCAAGCACAGCAGCGCUCAGCAUUGCAUGUUCAUUGUCCGCUAUGAUCUAUGCUUUGGGAGAUGUGUCAGGCGGCCACUUCAAUCCUGCAGUAACGUGUGCUGUCUUCCGCAGCGGCCGUGACAGCACCUUCACAUUGACGAAGGCGCUGCUCUACAUGGCGGUGCAAGUGCUUGCAGGUAUCGUCGCGGCCCUUGUCGCUGUGGGCAUCUUUGGUGCGAAGAUGGGAACCUUUGGAGCCAAGGCCCCGUACCAUCUUCAUCAGGCUUUGUUGGGCGAGUUGGUCUUCACCUUCACCUUGUCUUAUGUGGUCCUUGGUGUGGCUGUCUCUGCUGUGACAAAGGCGUCGCACUUCUUUGGAUUGGCAAUUGGCUUCUGCGUGGUCGUCGGGGGCUUCGCUAUGGGAAAUGUCUCUGGAGGAUCUUUGAACCCUGCGGUGAGUCUUGGUCUGGCAGUCUCUGGCGGUGGUGCCGGUAGUGCUGCCGCCUAUGUCCUGGUGGAGCUCUUGGCGGGUUUCUUGGCCGCGACUGCCUUCAGUGUGACCCACCAGGUGGAGUUGGAGUCCCCCGAAGCCAAGAGAAUCACUGCUGACGCGUGA